AACUCGUCCGGCGACUCGGGAUGCGGCCCGGCGUUCUCCAGUGGCAAAAGGCGAAAUUGCUCGCACGGCCCGGCGUUCUCCAGCAUCGACGGCAGGUGUUCGAACAGCACCACCUCGCACCCGACCACCACCGUCUCUGCGUCGGCGUUGUCACUGCACCGCUCGACUAGUACCCGGAAGAGUGGGUGGCCAACGAGGUCGUCGCUCACGAGGUACUUCCGGCGCGACUUCCCGACGUACAGCGGGUGGAGCCCCGGCGGAACCCCGUCGCCGUGGAACGACGUGGAGUGUAGCCACCCCUCGCCGUCCUACUACCGGGAGGAGACCCCGCAGAGGCGGCGGCGGAUGAUGCGCCUGAGGUCCAAAGGAAACAAUUCCAUUGCCUUUGUGAAUGCUAUAGAAGUCGUAUCUGCUCCUGAUACCUUAAUUGCAGACACUGCUACCAUUGUCAAUCCUCCAGGUAAAUACCAGGGCUUGUCAGACCAGUUGUUAGAGAAAAUUUACAGGGUCAAUAUGGGCGGGCCACAGAUUUCGCCAAAUAAUGAUACUCUGUGGAGAAAUUGGGAAACUGAUCAGAAGUUUCUGCUUAACAGCGCACUUUCUCGAUCAGUUAAGUUCCCAGGAAAAAUCAGUCAUGAGGAAGGAACUACUGAGGAGAUCGCUCCUAAUAUAGUGUACUCAACAGCAACCGAGUUGGCCGCCGCCUCAAAUACUUCAAAUGCUCAAUUCAAUGUGACAUGGCAGUUCAGUGUGGAAGCUAACUCGGCCUACCUGAUAAGGUUUCAUUUCUGUGAUAUUGUCAGCAAGGCAGCUGGAAACCUCUAUUUUAAUGUUUAUGUCAAUUCCUGGGCUGUAGCUAGUAAUCUUGAUCUCAGUAGCAUUACGUUUGGGCAGUUAGCAACAGCAGUUUAUAUGGAUUAUGUUUUGGAGGCUAAUGAUGCAUCAGAGAAGCUUGACAUUAGCAUUGGUCCUUCAGUUCUUAAUGGUGUUUUGCCAGACGGCAUACUCAAUGGUCUCGAGAUCAUGAAGAUCAAUGGCUCUGGUGGUUCUCCAGUUACACCACCUAGUUCGAAGAAGAAUCUUGUCAUCAUAGUGGCUCCAAUAUUUGGAGUAAUUGCAGUAACCAUUGUUGUUGUUGUUGCUCUUUGCUUAAUCCUUAGAAAGAGGAAGCUUACAAAACAGUAUUCAAAGUCUUGGGUGCCUUUCUCCAUCGAUGGCUUCACAUCUCAUAGCACUGGAAGUCGAACUUCCAAUGGAACUGCAUUUACACUUGGUCUGAAUGGAAAUUUUGGUUAUCGUCUAUCUUUUGCCAUCCUGCAAGAAGCAACAAACAACUUCGAUGAGAAUUGGGUGAUUGGUGUUGGAGGUUUUGGGAAGGUCUACAAAGGAGUGCUGAGUGAUGACACAAAAGUAGCAGUGAAGAGGGGAAAUCCGAAAUCUCAACAAGGCAUCAAUGAGUUCCAUACUGAGAUUGAGUUGUUGUCUUGCCUGCGCCAUCGUCAUCUUGUUUCUCUUAUCGGAUACUGUGAUGAGAGGAACGAGAUGAUUCUUGUUUAUGAAUACAUGGAAAAGGGCACUCUCAAGAGCCAUCUUUAUGGCUCUGACAUGCCUUCUCUUAGGUGGCAGCAAAGAUUGGAAAUUUGUAUUGGAGCAGCUAGAGGAUUGCACUAUCUUCAUACAGGGCAAGCGAAAGCCAUCAUCCAUCGCGACGUUAAAUCCGCAAAUAUUCUACUCGAUGAGACUCUCUCGGCAAAGGUGGCUGACUUUGGGCUAUCAAAGACUGGACCAGAGCUGGAUCAGACCCAUGUUAGUACUGCAGUAAAAGGAAGUUUCGGAUAUCUCGACCCUGAAUAUUUCAGAAGGCAACAGCUGACUGAGAAAUCUGAUGUGUAUUCAUUCGGAGUUGUUUUGCUAGAAGUGUUGUGUGCAAGACCAGUUAUCGAUCCGACCCUACCGAGAGAGAUGGUGAACUUAGCAGACUGGGGAAUGAAGUGGCAAAAGAGGGGAGAACUGGAGCACAUUGUAGAUUCUCGUAUCAUUGGAUCAAUUAGGCCUGAAUCUUUGAAGAAGUUUGGGGUAACCAUCGAGAAAUGCCUAGCGGAUUCAGGCAUCGAGCGCCCCUCGAUGGGAGAUGUCCUCUGGAACUUGGAGUAUGCUCUACAACUUCAAGGUGCAUAUGCUGGUAUCUCGGAACUCAACAGUAUCAAAAGGAUCACUGAGCUUUCGCCGCAAGUUCAAAACAUCAAUGCCUUCGAGAGUGCACCAGCAGGGGAAGCUGCGACCUCACUGCUCAAUGAUCUUUCAGACGAUUCCGUGAACAAAGUUUUCUCACAGUUGAUCAAGUCCGAGGGAAGGUGAGUCAAUCGAUCUUAUUUGAAUUGGCUCCAGGGAAGUGGGAGGCCUGCAAAGGGUUGUUUAUUUAGUAUGUUUGCAUAGCACAAUACAUUAAGGUUAAUGAUUGUAUCAUGGUUCUGUUUUCCUCUGAUCUAACUAGUUUUUCAGAUAUUGAUCAGUGCAAUUUUUAAUAAGAGUGUUUUUAUUUUCUA